AUGACCAACGAAAGAGGUCACCAGAUGCUUUUGAUCCAUGCAUUAAUAUGCUGUACAGAGCUCGAAAUCGUCAAGAUCACGCCUACAAAAGAGUCAAGGUUUCGCUUGAAAAUCACUGCUGGAGACAAGAAGAAGAAAACAGAAGUAAUAAAGAUCGAUGGGGUCGGUGUCCUGCCGAAGUGGACCCAAAAUUUGACGCUUGAGUUCGACCCUCAAGCCAUGGUUUUAUGGGAGCUUUACGGUCGUCUGUGGCUGAGCCCACAUUUCAAGGUCCUUGGCAGCGCUGAGAAAACACUUGGAGAGUUGUUUGGAGGGACUAGUACGAGUGCUUAUAUACACUUAUCCAAUGGAUCUUCCGAGGUCGCAGUCCUCAAAAUAUCUUGCAAGUUGGGCGGUGCCAAGGGUGUCAUGAUCGAUGUCGUCCCUAACAUCGAGAAACCCUCAGAAGGCUCUAAGCUUCUGGAUAGCAACGACACUCUGGACACGGUGCUCAAUGCCGUGAAGCAGAUGAUCGAUGUUCUCGCGGAUCUUAACAAACCUCUUCCCAAGGUGCACCCUGCGGCUACCAUCGCUUGGGGAUUUCUGUCUAUCGGAUUCAAAAUACAGGUCUUAAAGAGGCAACAUGACACGAAUCAAGCUAUAUGUGAUCUUUACACAGACAUGAUAUCAGCAUAUGAUGCAUUCAGCAAGGAUGAUAUCUUAGAGCAGCGUGUUCGAUUACAGGGAAUUUAUAAUUCCUUGUUCAAGCAGACCAUCGAGUGCGCCAUUUUCAUUGAAGGCUAUACAAAAGAGAGCGGGAUAAAGCAUCUCUUCGAGAUGGAUAUAUCGGGCCAAGCCGAAAAAUUUCGUCAGGCUUUCGUCGACCUGAAGAGCCACUUGAGCAUGGGAUAUGCAAAGGAGGCAGUCGUUGUCACUCUUGGUGUCCAGAAAAGUGUGGAUGUUCUGGUCAUGAGAGAUCAGCUACGAGAUCUCCAUCCGUCUCGAGAGCUAGGCCCAAAGUCGCAGUGUACACAAGGAACUCGUGUUGAGACAAUUAACACGAUGAUGUCGUGGAUUGUCCAGUGUGACGGCAAAAUGAUGUGGUGCAAAGGAUUGGCAGGGACGGGGAAGAGCUCUUUGAUGGGAACCCUCCACGACUUGCUCACUGCGGACAUUGGAGGACGCAGUCGGCUUGCGGCCUUCAUUCGAUACGACCGUAUUGAGUAUUCAGAUGCCAGCAAGUUAAUCAGCAGCAUCGCAUAUGCCUUGGGAAUGUUCGAUGACCGCAUCGGGACCGCAAUCUCCAAAGUUAUCCAGACAUCGCGGUCAGUGGCAACCAUGUCAGACCCGUCUGCUCAGUUUCGGCUUCUACUUCGUGAUCCGCUUGAAUCCCUCCCCAGUCUUGUCGAUGAGGGUCCCCUGGUAGUCAUCAUCGAUGGAUUGGAUGAGUGCGAUGUAUCUAAUGAAAUGUUAGCUGUACUCGCCGAGGGAUUUGGUCCGAAACUUCCCUUUAUGCGACUCAUCGUUGCCAGCCGACCGAUUCAUCGCAUAGCUACGGUGUUCGAGGAACGGGACUGCAUAUCCACACUCCAUUUAGAUACAUCCUCGGAGGAUGUAAACCGUGAUAUUCAAUUCUACUUGGAAAUCCAAUUUGCAGCUAUACACGAGGAUGCGUUUCAGGAGAAAUGUAAAGAGCUGGAUGCCAUCAAUGGACUGACAGCACGGGCGAGCGGUUUAUUCAUUUGGGCAGCAACCGUUGCGAAAUUUGUUCAUGCAUUUCCAGGGAUAUCAAGGCUUCAGGCUCUCCUAGCCACAGAUAUCCCUAAUGAUGCGACCGAGGCUCUAACAUUCUUAUAUCGCACCGCUUUGAAUACUCUUGUGUCUGAAAUCCCGGGUAACAAUGCGGACAUUAAAAAGUGUGUGUGUGCUGUUCUCGGCGCUGUUCUGGUGGCCGAGACGCCUCCGGGGAUGACAGAGGAAACGCUUGAUGACCUUGUCCUAGACCAAGGCAGUCCUCCGUCGCAUCACAUCGUGUCUAUGCUAGGAAGUAUACUCAGUCCUGAAACUGAGGACUCACCCAUCCGACUCAUACACAAGUCUCUCGAUGAUUUCUUACAGGAUCGGAGCCGAUGUGGGGACGAAUGGUUCGUUGAUGUCACUUUGCACCGCGUGACACUAGCCAAACGGUGUCUGACUUCAUUGACAUCUUUCCUUCUGGAGUGGUCCAAAAUCAAUUCACAUAGCUCGGACUUCAUCGCUGUACCAGAGUAUCUUUCCCGAUAUGCACUGUUUGGAGCAUUGUGGCAUAUUAACGCCUUCGACAAGACUGGCUUAGAACUCUUUGCGUCCUUUUUCCGUCGCCACUUUCUUCCUUGGUUGGAUGUACAUCUAUUUAUUGGAUCUGGCUCUGUCCUUCCAAACAUGGCGAUGUUGCUGAACUGGUCUAACAGCAAUAGAGGACGGAGGGCGAUCUACGUUAGGACCAUCAUAUGUUUACACUCGCGCGAUGUGUCUUUCACCGUCGAGUAA